AUGAGCGGACAAGGGUAUGAUGGUGCUAGUAACAUGCGAGGUGCUUGGAAUGGACUUCAAGCAUUGUUUCUUAGAGAUUGUCCAUGUGCAUACUAUGUCCAUUGUUUUGCUCAUCGAUUACAGCUAACAUUGGUCGCGGCAGCUAAAGAAGUCCAUGUCAUUUGGAACUUCUUUUCUCAUUUGGACAAGAUUGUCAAUGUUAUUACUUCUUCUCCUAAACGAGUUACUGAUAUGCAAAUUUCUCAUAGAGUGGAAAUUCAACGUAUGUUGGAUACCGGGAUAUGUAUGGUGCAACCUGCAAAGUGCUUCAAUAUAUUUGUGAUCAUUGUUCAAAUGGUAGAUCUCAAGCUGAAGGUCGUGGUGCUUGCAAAAAGUUGGUUUGUGUCUAUCACUAAACAAUUGCUUCAAAAAUUGAGUUAUGAUGAUUGGGAAGAAUUUCUUCAAGAAGUAAAACCAUUUUGCUCAAAGAAUAAUAUUACAAUACCCGAUCUAGAAGUGAUGAAACAUGUGAAGACGACACUUCGCAACAAAAUGGAGGAUGAUUUUCUUGCUGAUUGUAUGAUACUUUUUAUAAAAAGAAAACUUGCUGAGAAAAUAUAUCUAGAUUCUAUUAUCGAUGAGUAUUAUGUUUCAAAUCCUUGUCGGGAACGACUUAAAUAA